AUCAACUUUGUGUACUCAAGCAGCAAAGAGUCUGUAAGAACUCACCAGUCUCCUGACCUGAAGAUAAAACGGAAUCAUGAGCACAGCAGGAAAGUAAUCAAAUGCAAAGCAGCUGUGCUGUGGGAGAUAAAGAAACCCUUUUCCAUUGAGAAGGUGGAGGUUGCACCCCCUAAGGCCCAUGAAGUUCGUAUUAAGAUGGUGGCCUCAGGAAUCUGUGGCUCCGAUGAUCACGUGGUUAGUGGAAGGCUCAUCACACCUCUCCCUAUGAUCUUGGGCCAUGAGGCAGCCGGCAUUGUGGAAAGCAUUGGCGAAGGGGUGACUACAGUAAAACCAGGUGACAAAGUCAUUCCACUCUUUACUCCCCAGUGUGGAAAAUGCAUUGUUUGUAAACACCCACAAAGCAACUUCUGCUUGAAAAAUGAUCUGAGCACACCUCGGGUCAUGCAGGAUGGUACUACCAGGUUCACCUGCAGAGGAAAGCCCAUCUACCAUUUCAUUGGCACCAGCACCUUCUCCCAGUACACGGUGGUGGAUGAGAUUGCAGUGGCCAAGAUCGAUGCAGCUUCACCAUUGGAGAAAGUCUGUCUCAUUGGCUGUGGAUUUUCUACUGGUUAUGGGUCCGCAGUCAACAUUGCCAAGGUCACCCAGGGCUCCACCUGUGUGGUGUUUGGCCUUGGAGGGGUCGGCCUGUCUGUGAUCAUAGGCUGUAAAGCAGCGGGAGCAGCCAGGAUCAUUGGGGUGGACAUCAACAAAGACAAAUUUGCAAAGGCCAAAGAGGUGGGUGCCACUGAGUGCAUCAGCCCUCAGGACUACAAGGAAUCCAUCCAGGAUGUGCUGAAGGAAAUGAGUGGUGGCGGUGUGGAUUUUUCAUUUGAAGUCAUUGGGCGGCUUGACACCAUGGUGGCUGCCUUGUCCUGCUGUCAAGAGUCCCAUGGUGUAAGCGUCAUUGUAGGAGUACCACCUAAUUCGCAAGAUCACUCUAUGAACCCCAUGUUGCUAUUGACCGGACGUACCUGGAAAGGAGCAAUUUUUGGUGGCUUUAAGAGUAAAGAUUCUGUCCCCAAACUUGUGGCUGAUUUUAUGGCUAAGAAGUUUCCACUGGAUCCAUUAAUAACCCAUGUUUUACCUUUUGAAAAAAUAAAUGAAGGAUUUGACCUGCUUCGCUCUGGAAAGAGCAUCCGCACCAUCCUAACAUUCUGA